AUGAAUACAUGUUGUGUUAUUUUUUUCUUAGCUGUUGCAUUACUAGGCGGAAUAGAGAGUGUCUCAGAUGCUGACAAGGAUAUGGUGCGUCAACUACAUGAAAAAUGCUUACCUAUCUCCGGAGCUACCCAAGAAAUGGUCAAUCAAGCAAUGACAGGAAAUUUCCCAGAAGAUUCUGCCUUUAAAGAUCACGUAUAUUGCAUGACCAAAGCUUAUGGAUUCUUUAAGGAAAACGGUCAAAUAGAUAUAGGUGUAGUGGAAUCUGAAUUGCACAAGAGAAUUGCAGACCCAGUACUAAGGACAGAAAUUAAAGCAAAAUGUUUAGUACUAAAAGAAACUCCUCAGGAAACAGCUUUCCAAGCUACUAAAUGUUUGUUUGCUUAUAAAGAAAACAUUAUGUAA